AUGUCGGUCCCCGCACAGAUCGAAGCCCACGCCAACGACACGACAGCCUUGCGCACCAUCAAGGCGCCCGGCUGGGUCCCAGGCUACGCCUACCGCGGCACCCUGAAUAUCCUUUGGAGCUGCGUAAUUACGCUUACGGCCUGCGUCUAUACGGUUAUCCAUCUCAAUGUGCCGUCGGCAGAUGAGAGCAGGCGCAGGCAGCUCAUGAACAAGGUUGUCUGGGCCAUGUGGGCUGUCGUCUGCCCUGAAAUGGUCGUCUACACGGCGCUUAGCCAGUUCCGGCGCGCAAAGACGCUUGUGCUGCAGCUCAAUACCGAGAUUGAGAGGCAGACGGGGGUUAAGGGAAAGGUGCGAGUGAAAUCAUUUUCUUUUUGUGACUGUUAUUAUUUAGUUACUUUUACCUCGAUCCCUAUCUCUUUCACGACGGGAUGCCUCUCGGUGGACUCGUUUCACCGCAUACGGACAAGAAUCGACGACAAGAGCAAGGCCGACUCGAUUGCAAAGGCUCUCGUAGUCGGCCAGGUCUGCUGGAUGGCCGCCCAGUGCAUCGCCCGCGCCGCCUACGGGCUGCCUAUCGCACUGCUCGAGAUCCAUACCAUGGUACACGUGCUCUGCGCUCUGCUGAUAUAUGCAGUGUGGUUCCGGGUAAGUUGCAACGGAAUUGGCAGAGCUUGCUGCAUAGGCUUACUCUCAGGAAAGAAACCUCAAGACGUGAGACAGCCCGAAAUUAUCGACUCUUCUCACGCCCUCAAUGGUAUCGUGGCUCGAAUGAUCGAGGCCCAGUUCACCAACCACAACGAUCUCGCCGCCUUGGACGAAGACGACUCGGUUUACGGAUUUGCCCAGAUAGGACUGGUUCUGCUGGCCGAGGGGCUAUAUUCGGGCCUCCACUCGAUUGCCUGGGACCACGAGUUUCCGUCCAGGGUUGAGGCGCUUCUUUGGAGGAUGGCUUGCGUCGCUGUCUCUGCAUGGUCGGUCGCGUGGGGCGGGUUUAUAAUGCUCGACGAAUCCUUCAACCAAGGCGACAAAGUAGUAGGCAUGGGCAUCAAGUGGCUUCAAAACACCUGUGGCAUCAUCUUCUGGGCCCUUAUUGCUGCUGCCGUUGUAGCUCGACCUUUCAUCAUCCUUGAGUCUUUCCUUGCUUUGCGGAGCGAGCCAAUUGGUGUUUAUUGGAUACCAACUUGGCUUCAGAUGAUUCCGCACAUCUAA